AUGGCCACUUCUCCCCCAAACUGUCCACCAUUUGAUUUCUCCGGGAAGUAUUACCAUAUCUCCGGCGACGGAGGCAGUUGUGUGAGGCAGAGCAGUUUCUUUGAAGGCAAAGCAGUGCUUAAUCAAGGUGUUGGGUACUCUGUUAUUCUUGGAUUUGGAGCUUUCUUUGCAGUCUUUACCUCCUUCCUGAUAUGGCUUGAGAAGCGAUAUGUUGGGUCCCGUCACACGUCGGAAUGGUUCAACACUGCAGGCAGAAAUGUUAAAACAGGACUUAUUGCUAGUGUGAUUGUAUCUCAGUGGACUUGGGCUGCAACAAUCCUACAAAGUUCCAAUGUUGCCUGGGAGUAUGGAAUUAGUGGUCCUUUCUGGUAUGCAAGUGGGGCUACUAUCCAGGUGCUCUUGUUUGGUGUCAUGGCUAUAGAGAUCAAAAGAAAAGCUCCUAAUGCUCAUACUGUUUGUGAGAUUGUUAAAGCUAGAUGGGGGACUGCUGCUCAUCUUGUCUUUCUUGCUUUCUGCUUCUUGACAAACAUUAUUGUAACUGCCAUGCUUCUUCUUGGUGGUUCUGUGGUUGUGAAUGCACUCACUGGAGUGAACAUUUAUGCUGCAAGUUUUCUUAUUCCUCUCGGUGUUAUUGUCUAUACACUAGCAGGAGGGUUAAAGGCCACCUUCUUGGCAAGUUAUGUACACUCUGUAAUAGUUCAUGUGGUUCUAGUCAGCUUUGUGUACCUAGUGUACACAGCAAGCAGUGAGCUUGGCAGCCCAAGCAUCGUAUACCAUCGCCUAUUGGAGGUUGCAAGCAAAUCAAGAAGCUGUCAGGAGCCACUCUCCAAUGUUGGGCAAUCUUGUGGUCCAGUUAGUGGGAACCACAAGGGGUCUUACCUCACAAUGCUGAGUUCUGGUGGACUAAUUUUUGGGAUCAUCAACAUAGUUGGAAAUUUUGGUGCAGUUUUUGUUGACAAUGGAUAUUGGGUAAGUGCCAUUGCUGCAAGACCAUCAUCGACUCAUACGGGCUACUUGUUAGGUGGGCUGGUAUGGUUUGCUGUUCCAUUUUCUUUGGCAACUGCACUUGGUCUAGGAGCACUAGCCCUAGAUUUACCUAUAACUGCAAGUGAGGCAAGCCGUGGACUUGUUCCUGUGGCUACAGCUAUUGCUUUGAUGGGGAAAGGAGGAUCUGUUCUUCUCCUCACCAUGAUUUUUAUGGCUGUGACAUCUGCUGGUUCAGCUGAGCUAAUUGCUGUCUCUUCAUUAUGCACAUAUGACAUCUAUCGUACGUAUAUAAAUCCAGAUGCAACUGGAAAGCAAAUACUGAAAGUGUCAAGGGCUGUUGUGCUCGCCUUUGGAUGUUUCAUGGGAAUUUUGGCAGUAAUACUGAACAAGGCUGGAGUUUCUCUUGGUUGGAUCAGUUCUUCCUUAACUUUCUUGCUUCUAUGCCGAAAAGCAAACGCAAUAGGCGCCAUUCUUGGGGCAAUUAUCGGUUGCAUUCUCGGGAUUAUCACUUGGUUGUCAGUUGCAAGUGUUGAGUAUGGCAGGGUAAAUCUUGACACGACUGGCCGAAAUGCACCGAUGCUUGCUGGAAACCUUGUUUCGAUACUUACUGGUGGCGCUGUUCAUGUUAUUUGUAGUUUGUUGUGGCCUCAGGACUAUGACUGGGUUACCACUAAGCAGAUAACUCUGGUUGAGAAGGAAAACAGUGAAUUGCCAGCUGAAGAGUUCAGGGAGGAAAAGCUGGUGAGAGCAAAAGCUUGGAUAAUGAAAUGGGGUGUUGGUUUUACUGUUGUGAUUGUUAUAUUGUGGCCUCUGCUUACACUUCCUGCAGGACAAUUCAGUAAGGGGUACUUCACAUUCUGGGCCAUCAUAGCUAUAGCAUGGGGCACCAUUGGAUCAGCUUUGAUUAUCGCGUUACCAUUGAUGGAAAGCUGGAAGACAAUCCAAACUGUUCUUCUUGGCAUGUAUACCAAUGACAGGCUCAUGGAAAAGGUUGAAGAAUUGAAUUUCAAGCUGCACACGAUAAUGCUGGCAGUGCCCGAAGCAGAGAGAAUAUACUUACUUGAGAAAGAGAAGGCCAAGAAGAAAGAAGCAUCAGAGAGAGUCCUUCACUCUGCUACUGCUUAAUAGCUUUGUUUGGGUCAGCUUUCUCUGCUCGGACUGCAAUAGAAGCACAAUGCUUUUAUUUGGAUAUCACAAUGCUUAAUUAAAGUUGAUUUUCUAAAUAAUGAUUGUUUCAGCAAGUGGCUUCAACAAGAGCGGACGAUGUGGUGUUCUGUAAUUGGAUAGUGAUAGUACGUGUCAAUGAUGUAUUAUAUAUUUACCGGGGAUUGUGCAUUCUACCCUUCUGUUUCUUUCUUUCACAUUCAGUAACAUAAAAGGACGAUUGGCUAUGAGUCCUACAGCUUAAGUGUGUGCACAAACCAAAAUUAAUUAGAUUUUCAUAGUCGCUUAA